CUGCAGUCGGCUAUGACACCACAUGACUGGGUCUGAUUAUAACUUUAUUCUUAAUGGCACGCUUCAUGUUCCUAGUGCCAAUCAUAGUCCAGCUGCAGUUUCUGCAAGUUGUGACAGCAUUGAAAAGCAAGGAGGAUCUAUCGCAUUCAGAAAGGAGUUUAAACAUCUGGAUCCCAGGCGCAGACUAUAUCACAAGAUGUGAUUUCAACAAUAACUCAAGGCCAUUUUGUGACUGGAUUCAAACCUGCGAAGGUGACAGUGGGAACUGGAUAAGGAACAAGCAUGCUACGCCCACACUGGGAACAGGUCCAAAUGGAGACUAUCCGAACGAAGAUGGAUUCUUCAUUUACCAGGAAGCCAGCAAUUUUGCUCCAUCUGGAUUCAUUAGAUUGGAGAGUAAGGAGAUCAGUGUGUCUGGGGAAAUAUGCAUCGAUUUUUGGUACCACAUGAUGGGAUCAGAGGACCAAAAUGAACUGAAGGUGUUGGUUGCAGACCGUACAACUGAAACAGAGGUGUGGAGUGAAAGAGGCAAUCAAGGCCCUUCCUGGUUGUAUGCCUCAAAAACAGUUAAAUUUCCAACAAAAUCCAGCAUACAGGUAAUAUUCGAGGCUAUUCGUGGGGAGACUGAAUAUGGCGACACUGCGAUUGAUAAUGUGGCUGUCAGACGUGGAAACUGCGAUAGUGAUUGUGCGUUGAACUGUAAUUUUGACCUUGACCUGUGCAGUUGGACACAAUCCAAGAAAGAUGACUUAGACUGGAAGCGUAUCAGUGGAUCGACACCCUCAGCUGUCACAGGGCCUUCUUAUGAUCACACCAGUACAGGUGGCUACUACAUGUACAUUGAAGGCAAUGAAGGCCGUGAGGGAGACAAAGCCCAACUGGUCAGCGCUCCGUGCAAUAAGACAGGGGAUCAGUGUUUGCGAUUCUGGUACCACAUGUAUGGAGUCGCUCGAAGCAUGGCUUUGAAUGUUUACCAGCUUGAAGUUGGGCAACCCCCAGUACUGAUGUGGUCAGAGAGAGGAAAUAAGGGAAACCAAUGGUUAGAAGGAGCAGUGGAACUUCACUUGUCUGGAAAAGCUCAGAUAAUGAUUGAAGCGAUGCGGGGCAACGACUAUCGCAGUGAUGUCGCUGUGGAUGACAUUUCCUUCCACUCUGGAUGUUGCGGAGACAAUUGUGACUUAACAAGCACAACGAGCACUCCAACUCCAACCAGUACUACGCCUCCUGUCACAACAGAAUCUACCUGCAGCGUGCAAGGUGAUCCUCACUACAAGACCUUCGAUAAGCAGUCACACAACUUCAUGGGAACAUGCACAUACACCUUGUCGAAACUCUGUGACGCCAGCAGCGUUCUGCCUUAUUUCAAUGUUGAAGCUGCAAAUGAGCACAGAUCAGGGAAUCCCUAUGUGUCGUACGUUAAACACGUCAACGUUAAUGUUUACAAUCACAGCAUAGUACUCGAGAAGGGACAUGUGGUAAAGGUCGAUGGAGAAGUAGAGGUGCUACCUGUAAGGGUCAUGUCUGGUGUUGAUGUUGUCCUAAGUGGAAAGUACGUAGUUGUUAGCACCGAUUUUGGAUUGAGAGUGAAGUUUGAUGGGAGGCAUCGAGCAGACGUAACCCUUCCCAGUGUCUUCAAGGGGAAGGUGUGUGGAAUGUGUGGAAACUACAACGACGAUAGAAGAGACGAUUUCCUCAAUCCGGAUCGAGUGAUGGAGCCUGAUUCCGUCAGUUUGGGCAACAGCUGGCAGAGUGGAAACGACACGAGGUGUGUUCCUGACGUUGGCACAAGACCAGAUUGUACUGAUGACGAAAGGCAGAUGAUAGAAAGUAAAUCUUACUGUGGAAUAAUUGUGGAUCCGGACAGUCCUUUCAAAGCGUGCCACUCUGUCGUAGAGCCGAUGGCUUAUUUUGCUGACUGUGUGUACGACUUGUGCGCGUUAGACCUACAGACGGGGUCUCUGUGCAGUAGUUUGCAAUCCUAUGCAGAUGCGUGCCAGUCGAAGGGAGUGAGAGUGGAAGCUUGGAGGAACGCGACCUUCUGCCCUUUAAAGUGUGGAUUGAAUAGUCACUAUGAGCAGUGUGGCUCAGCCUGUCCAGCUACUUGUGUCAAUCCCAAUGCUCCGUCCAGCUGCUCCGAGCCAUGCGUGGAAGGCUGUUUGUGUGACAGUGGGUACGUUUUGUACAACGACAAGUGUGUGCGAAGAGAUGAGUGUGGCUGCUGGUCUGAAGGAAAACAUUAUCCAGUGGGUUCUACAUUCUGGACGGACGAUACCUGUUCAACGAGGUGUAGAUGUCCUUCUGCAGGCAGUAAACUAGUUUGCUGGAGUACAACGUGCGGCACAGAUUCGUACUGCGGAGUUGUGAACGGAGUUCCUGGUUGCUACGAGCAGACCUACGGCAUCUGCAGAGUUCAUAACGACCCGCAUUACAAUACGUUUGACAAGGCGACCCAUCAUUUCAUGGGGACGUGCACAUAUACGAUCGCCAAGCUGUGCACGAAUUCGUCAUCUCUUCCAUACUUUAACAUCGAAGCGAAGAAUGAAAAUCGAGGCAACGCUAAAGUUUCUUACGUUCAGAGAGUUCGAGUAGCUGUUCACGGUCACAGUAUUUGGAUUGUCAAGGAGGAAUGUCACCGUGUGUUGGUGGAUGGCGUGUGGGCGACAUUACCUGUCACCUUGGUCGAUGGCAGAGUGAGAGUGAGUAGGAGUGGCAAAUACGUGGUCCUGGAGACCGAUUUUGGGCUCGCUGUUUCGUAUGACGUUGAUCAUUCGGUGGAAGUGAAAGUGCCGAGUACAUAUUCUAAUCAGAUUUGCGGAAUGUGCGGUAACUACAACGGAAUGAUAAAAGAUGAUUACAUGAAACCGGAUGGAGAACAAGCCAAAGAUUCGAAUGAGCUGGGAAAUAGCUGGAAGGUGCCACCGGACGCUCCAGGUUGUGACCCAGUCACCCCUGAGCGAUGUGAGCCUGCUGAGGAGAAACUGUACCAAAGCGAUGCCUUCUGUGGUCUGAUCACCAGUCAACAAGGUCCAUUUGCACCGUGCCACUCUGUGAUAAAUCCCGACGGAGCCUUUGAAAGCUGCGUUGUUGAACUGUGCCUGUUGGCAGGAAGCCAAGACGCUCUGUGCGGUUCCGUCGAAACCUAUGCAGAUGCGUGUCAAAGUGCGGGAGUGACCAUCGCACCGUGGAGAAAUUCCACUUUCUGUGCUUUCCACUGUGCAGCCAAUAGCCAUUACAAACAAUGUGCCAGUGCUUGUCCGGCCACAUGUACGGACCGAUUUGCUCCAGAGAACUGCAGCAAGCCCUGUGUGGAGGACUGUGCGUGUAACGCUGGCUUUGUUGUCAGUGGAAGCACAUGUGUGCCCUUUGAGAACUGCGGCUGCGUUCACAACAACAAAUACAACGAAAAAGGAGCAAUAUUCUGGGAAGAGGGAUGUCAGCAGCGGUGUCGAUGUACUGGAAAUAAUCGCGUGGUGUGUGAAACAGCAUCUUGUGGAGCAGAAGAAAUUUGCAAAGUGCAGGAUGGAAAUUUGGGAUGUUACCGGGCAGACACUGCAAAGUGCCACAUUUACGGUGACCCGCACUAUACGACGUUCGACGGGAAACUGUAUCACUUCCAGGGUGCUUGCAAUUAUACUGUGACUGAGACUUGUGGAAAUACGUCCGUUCGUUUUUCAGUGACAAGCAGGAAUGAACACCGAGGCAACCCAGCAUGGUCUGCAAUUAAUUCCAUUGCUCUCCAGUUUCCUGACAUUCAUAUUGCAGUGAGGAAAAAUAACCUUGUUUAUGUUGACGGAGUGAAGGUUGAACUCCCUGUGAGACCCCAUUCUUCAGUAAACGUAAAAAUGGAAGGAUCGUUUGUUACCGUCCAGACCGACUUUGGUGUUCAGCUGAGGUUUAAUGGCGAUCAUGAACUGUUUGUAGUGGUUGACGAGAGAUACAAAGGCCAACUGUGUGGCUUGUGUGGUACCUACACUGACGACCCGCUGGAUGACUUCUUGAAGCCUGAUGGAAUUCUGGCCAUGGAUUCUACUCAGUUUGGAAACAGCUGGGCAGUUAUUGAUGAUGACUGGCCAUGUAAUCAAAGUCCUCCACCACCAGCGACCUGCGAUCCAGCAGCGAAAGAAGAGGCGGAGGAAUACUGCAAGAUUAUUUUGGCAGGCAGUGGCCCUUUCAAAGAUUGUCACUGGUACAUCCCUCCUCAGUUGUACUUUGAGAGCUGCGUGUAUGAUCACUGUGCUUCUGGAGGAGAUUCCGUACUGCUGUGCAAUGCUCUGGGAGCGUAUGCUUCAGCCUGUGAAACGGCUGGCGUUGUUCUGGGAGACUGGAUGGAACAGAGCGGCUGUGUUGAGAACAGUUGUGGGCUGGGCUGUAAUUUUGACAGCGACCUGUGCACUUGGACACAAUCGAAAACUGAUGAUUUGGACUGGAAACGCAUCAGUGGAUCGACGCCCUCAGCUGUCACAGGGCCUUCUUAUGAUCACACGAGUGCGGGUGGCUACUACAUCUACAUUGAAGGCAAUGAAGGCCGUGAGGGAGACAAAGCCCAACUGGUCAGCGCUCCGUGCAAUAAGACAGGGGAUCAGUGUUUGCGAUUCUGGUACCACAUGUAUGGAGUCGCUCGAAGCAUGGCUUUGAAUGUUUACCAGCUUGAAGUUGGGCAACCCCCAGUACUGAUGUGGUCAGAGAGAGGAAAUAAGGGAAACCAAUGGCUAGAAGGAGCAGUGGAACUUCACUUGUCUGGAAAAGCUCAGAUAAUGAUUGAAGCAGUGCGGGGCAACGACUAUCGCAGUGAUGUCGCUGUGGAUGACAUUUCCUUCCAGUCUGGAUGUUGCGGAGACAAUUGUGACUUAACAAGCACAACGAGCACUCCAACUCCAACCAGUACUACGCCUCCUGUCACAACAGAAUCUACCUGCAGCGUGCAAGGUGAUCCUCACUACAAGACCUUCGAUAAGCAGUCACACAACUUCAUGGGAACAUGCACAUACACCUUGUCGAAACUCUGUGACGCCAGCAGCGCUCUGCCUUAUUUCAAUGUUGAAGCUGCAAAUGAGCACAGAUCAGGGAAUCCCUAUGUGUCGUACGUUAAACAUGUCAACGUUAAUGUUUACAAUCACAGCAUAGUACUCGAGAAGGGACAUGUGGUAAAGGUCGAUGGAGAAGUAGAGGUGCUACCUGUAAGGGUCAUGUCUGGUGUUGAUGUUGUCCUAAGUGGAAAGUACGUAGUUGUUAGCACCGAUUUUGGAUUGAGAGUGAAGUUUGAUGGGAGGCAUCGAGCAGACGUAACCCUUCCCAGUGUCUUCAAGGGGAAGGUGUGUGGAAUGUGUGGAAACUACAACGACGAUAGAAGAGACGAUUUCCUCAAUCCGGAUGGAGUGAUGGAGCCUGAUUCCGUCAGUUUGGGCAACAGCUGGCAGAGUGGAAACGACACGAGGUGUGUUCCUGACGUUGGCACAAGACCAGAUUGUACUGAUGACGAAAGGCAGAUGAUAGAAAGUAAAUCUUACUGUGGAAUAAUUGUGGAUCCGGACAGUCCUUUCAAAGCGUGCCACUCUGUCGUAGAGCCGAUGGCUUAUUUUGCUGACUGUGUGUACGACUUGUGCGCGUUAGACCUACAGACGGGGUCUCUGUGCAGUAGUUUGCAAUCCUAUGCAGAUGCGUGCCAGUCGAAGGGAGUGAGAGUGGAAGCUUGGAGGAACGCGACCUUCUGCCCUUUAAAGUGUGGAUUGAAUAGUCACUAUGAGCAGUGUGGCUCAGCCUGUCCAGCUACUUGUGUCAAUCCCAAUGCUCCGUCCAGCUGCUCCGAGCCAUGCGUGGAAGGCUGUUUGUGUGACAGUGGGUACGUUUUGUACAACGACAGGUGUGUGCGAAGAGAUGAGUGUGGCUGCUGGUCUGAAGGAAAACAUUAUCCAGUGGGUUCUACAUUCUGGACGGACGAUACCUGUUCAACGAGGUGUAGAUGUCCUUCUGCAGGCAGUAAACUAGUUUGCUGGAGUACAACGUGCGGCACAGAUUCGUACUGCGGAGUUGUGAACGGAGUUCCUGGUUGCUACGAGCAGACCUACGGCAUCUGCAGAGUUCAUAACGACCCGCAUUACAAUACGUUUGACAAGGCGACCCAUCAUUUCAUGGGGACGUGCACAUAUACGAUCGCCAAGCUGUGCACGAAUUCGUCAUCUCUUCCAUACUUUAACAUCGAAGCGAAGAAUGAAAAUCGAGGCAACGCUAAAGUUUCUUACGUUCAGAGAGUUCGAGUAGCUGUUCACGGUCACAGUAUUUGGAUUGUCAAGGAGGAAUGUCACCGUGUGUUGGUGGAUGGCGUGUGGGCGACAUUACCUGUCACCUUGGUCGAUGGCAGAGUGAGAGUGAGUAGGAGUGGCAAAUACGUGGUCCUGGAGACCGAUUUUGGGCUCGCUGUUUCGUAUGACGUUGAUCAUUCGGUGGAAGUGAAAGUGCCGAGUACAUAUUCUAAUCAGAUUUGCGGAAUGUGCGGUAACUACAACGGAAUGAUAAAAGAUGAUUACAUGAAACCGGAUGGAGAACAAGCCAAAGAUUCGAAUGAGCUGGGAAAUAGCUGGAAGGUGCCACCGGACGCUCCAGGUUGUGACCCAGUCACCCCUGAGCGAUGUGAGCCUGCUGAGGAGAAACUGUACCAAAGCGAUGCCUUCUGUGGUCUGAUCACCAGUCAACAAGGUCCAUUUGCACCGUGCCACUCUGUGAUAAAUCCCGACGGAGCCUUUGAAAGCUGCGUUGUUGAACUGUGCCUGUUGGCAGGAAGCCAAGAUGCUCUGUGCGGUUCCGUCGAAACCUAUGCAGAUGCGUGUCAAAGUGCGGGAGUGACCAUCGCACCGUGGAGAAAUUCCACUUUCUGUGCUUUCCACUGUGCAGCCAAUAGCCAUUACAAACAAUGUGCCAGUGCUUGUCCGGCCACAUGUACGGACCGAUUUGCUCCAGAGAACUGCAGCAAGCCCUGUGUGGAGGACUGUGCGUGUAACGCUGGCUUUGUUGUCAGUGGAAGCACAUGUGUGCCCUUUGAGAACUGCGGCUGCGUUCACAACAACAAAUACAACGAAAAAGGAGCAAUAUUCUGGGAAGAGGGAUGUCAGCAGCGGUGUCGAUGUACUGGAAAUAAUCGCGUGGUGUGUGAAACAGCAUCUUGUGGAGCAGAAGAAAUUUGCGAAGUGCAGGAUGGAAAUUUGGGAUGUUACCGGGCAGACACUGCAAAGUGCCACAUUUACGGUGACCCGCACUAUACGACGUUCGACGGGAAACUGUAUCACUUCCAGGGUGCUUGCAAUUAUACUGUGACUGAGACUUGUGGAAAUACGUCCGUUCGUUUUUCAGUGACAAGCAGGAAUGAACACCGAGGCAACCCAGCAUGGUCUGCAAUUAAUUCCAUUGCUCUCCAGUUUCCUGACAUUCAUAUUGCAGUGAGGAAAAAUAACCUUGUUUAUGUUGACGGAGUGAAGGUUGAACUCCCUGUGAGACCCCAUUCUUCAGUAAACGUAAAAAUGGAAGGAUCGUUUGUUACCGUCCAGACCGACUUUGGUGUUCAGCUGAGGUUUAAUGGCGAUCAUGAACUGUUUGUAGUGGUUGACGAGAGAUACAAAGGCCAACUGUGUGGCUUGUGUGGUACCUACACUGACGACCCGCUGGAUGACUUCUUGAAGCCUGAUGGAAUUCUGGCCAUGGAUUCUACUCAGUUUGGAAACAGCUGGGCAGUUAUUGAUGAUGACUGGCCAUGUAAUCAAAGUCCUCCACCACCAGCGACCUGCGAUCCAGCAGCGAAAGAAGAGGCGGAGGAAUACUGCAAGAUUAUUUUGGCAGGCAGUGGCCCUUUCAAAGAUUGUCACUGGUACAUCCCUCCUCAGUUGUACUUUGAGAGCUGCGUGUAUGAUCACUGUGCUUCUGGAGGAGAUUCCGUACUGCUGUGCAAUGCUCUGGGAGCGUAUGCUUCAGCCUGUGAAACGGCUGGCAUUGUUCUGGGAGACUGGAUGGAACAGAGCGGCUGUGUUGAGAACAGUUGUGGGCUGGGCUGUAAUUUUGACAGCGACCUGUGCACUUGGACACAAUCGAAAACUGAUGAUUUGGACUGGAAACGCAUCAGUGGAUCGACGCCCUCAGCUGUCACAGGGCCUUCUUAUGAUCACACGAGUGCGGGUGGCUACUACAUCUACAUUGAAGGCAAUGAAGGCCGUGAGGGAGACAAAGCCCAACUGGUCAGCGCUCCGUGCAAUAAGACAGGGGAUCAGUGUUUGCGAUUCUGGUACCACAUGUAUGGAGUCGCUCGAAGCAUGGCUUUGAAUGUUUACCAGCUUGAAGUUGGGCAACCCCCAGUACUGAUGUGGUCAGAGAGAGGAAAUAAGGGAAACCAAUGGCUAGAAGGAGCAGUGGAACUUCACUUGUCUGGAAAAGCUCAGAUAAUGAUUGAAGCAGUGCGGGGCAACGACUAUCGCAGUGAUGUCGCUGUGGAUGACAUUUCCUUCCACUCUGGAUGUUGCGGAGACAAUUGUGACUUAACAAGCACAACGAGCACUCCAACUCCAACCAGUACUACGCCUCCUGUCACAACAGAAUCUACCUGCAGCGUGCAAGGUGAUCCUCACUACAAGACCUUCGAUAAGCAGUCACACAACUUCAUGGGAACAUGCACAUACACCUUGUCGAAACUCUGUGACGCCAGCAGCGCUCUGCCUUAUUUCAAUGUUGAAGCUGCAAAUGAGCACAGAUCAGGGAAUCCCUAUGUGUCGUACGUUAAACAUGUCAACGUUAAUGUUUACAAUCUCAGCAUAGUACUCGAGAAGGGACAUGUGGUAAAGGUCGAUGGAGAAGUAGAGGUGCUACCUGUAAGGGUCAUGUCUGGUGUUCAUGUUGACCUAAGUGGAAAGUACGUAGUUGUUAGCACCGAUUUUGGAUUGAGAGUGAAGUUUGAUGGGAGGCAUCGAGCAGACGUAACCCUUCCCAGUGUCUUCAAGGGGAAGGUGUGUGGAAUGUGUGGAAACUACAACGACGAUAGAAGAGACGAUUUCCUCAAUCCGGAUGGAGUGAUGGAGCCUGAUUCCGUCAGUUUGGGCAACAGCUGGCAGAGUGGAAACGACACGAGGUGUGUUCCUGACGUUGGCACAAGACCAGAUUGUACUGAUGACGAAAGGCAGAUGAUAGAAAGUAAAUCUUACUGUGGAAUAAUUGUGGAUCCGGACAGUCCUUUCAAAGCGUGCCACUCUGUCGUAGAGCCGAUGGCUUAUUUUGCUGACUGUGUGUACGACUUGUGCGCGUUAGACCUACAGACGGGGUCUCUGUGCAGUAGUUUGCAAUCCUAUGCAGAUGCGUGCCAGUCGAAGGGAGUGAGAGUGGAAGCUUGGAGGAACGCGACCUUCUGCCCUUUAAAGUGUGGAUUGAAUAGUCACUAUGAGCAGUGUGGCUCAGCCUGUCCAGCUACUUGUGUCAAUCCCAAUGCUCCGUCCAGCUGCUCCGAGCCAUGCGUGGAAGGCUGUUUGUGUGACAGUGGGUACGUUUUGUACAACGACAGGUGUGUGCGAAGAGAUGAGUGUGGCUGCUGGUCUGAAGGAAAACAUUAUCCAGUGGGUUCUACAUUCUGGACGGACGAUACCUGUUCAACGAGGUGUAGAUGUCCUUCUGCAGGCAGUAAACUAGUUUGCUGGAGUACAACGUGCGGCACAGAUUCGUACUGCGGAGUUGUGAACGGAGUUCCUGGUUGCUACGAGCAGACCUACGGCAUCUGCAGAGUUCAUAACGACCCGCAUUACAAUACGUUUGACAAGGCGACCCAUCAUUUCAUGGGGACGUGCACAUAUACGAUCGCCAAGCUGUGCACGAAUUCGUCAUCUCUUCCAUACUUUAACAUCGAAGCGAAGAAUGAAAAUCGAGGCAACGCUAAAGUUUCUUACGUUCAGAGAGUUCGAGUAGCUGUUCACGGUCACAGUAUUUGGAUUGUCAAGGAGGAAUGUCACCGUGUGUUGGUGGAUGGCGUGUGGGCGACAUUACCUGUCACCUUGGUCGAUGGCAGAGUGAGAGUGAGUAGGAGUGGCAAAUACGUGGUCCUGGAGACCGAUUUUGGGCUCGCUGUUUCGUAUGACGUUGAUCAUUCGGUGGAAGUGAAAGUGCCGAGUACAUAUUCUAAUCAGAUUUGCGGAAUGUGCGGUAACUACAACGGAAUGAUAAAAGAUGAUUACAUGAAACCGGAUGGAGAACAAGCCAAAGAUUCGAAUGAGCUGGGAAAUAGCUGGAAGGUGCCACCGGACGCUCCAGGUUGUGACCCAGUCACCCCUGAGCGAUGUGAGCCUGCUGAGGAGAAACUGUACCAAAGCGAUGCCUUCUGUGGUCUGAUCACCAGUCAACAAGGUCCAUUUGCACCGUGCCACUCUGUGAUAAAUCCCGACGGAGCCUUUGAAAGCUGCGUUGUUGAACUGUGCCUGUUGGCAGGAAGCCAAGAUGCUCUGUGCGGUUCCGUCGAAACCUAUGCAGAUGCGUGUCAAAGUGCGGGAGUGACCAUCGCACCGUGGAGAAAUUCCACUUUCUGUGCUUUCCACUGUGCAGCCAAUAGCCAUUACAAACAAUGUGCCAGUGCUUGUCCGGCCACAUGUACGGACCGAUUUGCUCCAGAGAACUGCAGCAAGCCCUGUGUGGAGGACUGUGCGUGUAACGCUGGCUUUGUUGUCAGUGGAAGCACAUGUGUGCCCUUUGAGAACUGCGGCUGCGUUCACAACAACAAAUACAACGAAAAAGGAGCAAUAUUCUGGGAAGAGGGAUGUCAGCAGCGGUGUCGAUGUACUGGAAAUAAUCGCGUGGUGUGUGAAACAGCAUCUUGUGGAGCAGAAGAAAUUUGCGAAGUGCAGGAUGGAAAUUUGGGAUGUUACCGGGCAGACACUGCAAAGUGCCACAUUUACGGUGACCCGCACUAUACGACGUUCGACGGGAAACUGUAUCACUUCCAGGGUGCUUGCAAUUAUACUGUGACUGAGACUUGUGGAAAUACGUCCGUUCGUUUUUCAGUGACAAGCAGGAAUGAACACCGAGGCAACCCAGCAUGGUCUGCAAUUAAUUCCAUUGCUCUCCAGUUUCCUGACAUUCAUAUUGCAGUGAGGAAAAAUAACCUUGUUUAUGUUGACGGAGUGAAGGUUGAACUCCCUGUGAGACCCCAUUCUUCAGUAAACGUAAAAAUGGAAGGAUCGUUUGUUACCGUCCAGACCGACUUUGGUGUUCAGCUGAGGUUUAAUGGCGAUCAUGAACUGUUUGUAGUGGUUGACGAGAGAUACAAAGGCCAACUGUGUGGCUUGUGUGGUACCUACACUGACGACCCGCUGGAUGACUUCUUGAAGCCUGAUGGAAUUCUGGCCAUGGAUUCUACUCAGUUUGGAAACAGCUGGGCAGUUAUUGAUGAUGACUGGCCAUGUAAUCAAAGUCCUCCACCACCAGCGACCUGCGAUCCAGCAGCGAAAGAAGAGGCGGAGGAAUACUGCAAGAUUAUUUUGGCAGGCAGUGGCCCUUUCAAAGAUUGUCACUGGUACAUCCCUCCUCAGUUGUACUUUGAGAGCUGCGUGUAUGAUCACUGUGCUUCUGGAGGAGAUUCCGUACUGCUGUGCAAUGCUCUGGGAGCGUAUGCUUCAGCCUGUGAAACGGCUGGCGUUGUUCUGGGAGACUGGAUGGAACAGAGCGGCUGUGUUGAGAACAGUUGUGGGCUGGGCUGUAAUUUUGACAGCGACCUGUGCACUUGGACACAAUCGAAAACUGAUGAUUUGGACUGGAAACGCAUCAGUGGAUCGACGCCCUCAGCUGUCACAGGGCCUUCUUAUGAUCACACGAGUGCGGGUGGCUACUACAUCUACAUUGAAGGCAAUGAAGGCCGUGAGGGAGACAAAGCCCAACUGGUCAGCGCUCCGUGCAAUAAGACAGGGGAUCAGUGUUUGCGAUUCUGGUACCACAUGUAUGGAGUCGCUCGAAGCAUGGCUUUGAAUGUUUACCAGCUUGAAGUUGGGCAACCCCCAGUACUGAUGUGGUCAGAGAGAGGAAAUAAGGGAAACCAAUGGCUAGAAGGAGCAGUGGAACUUCACUUGUCUGGAAAAGCUCAGAUAAUGAUUGAAGCAGUGCGGGGCAACGACUAUCGCAGUGAUGUCGCUGUGGAUGACAUUUCCUUCCAGUCUGGAUGUUGCGGAGACAAUUGUGACUUAACAAGCACAACGAGCACUCCAACUCCAACCAGUACUACGCCUCCUGUCACAACAGGUCACGCUACAUGCAGUGUUUCUGGUGAUCCACACUACACCACGUUUGACAGAAGUGUUCACCAUUUCAUGGGAACAUGCACAUAUGUGCUGUCCAAACCAUGUAGUGAUUCCUCAGUGGUGCCUUACUUUUAUGUUUCGAGUACCAAUGAGCACAGAGGUACCAACACCAAGGUGUCCUGGGUGAAGUCUGUACACGUAUUUGUCUACAACAACACACUUUCAAUGGUGAAAAAUCGUAAAGUGUUGCUCAAUGGAAAUAGAGUAAACCUACCUGUGUCUGUCGGAAACUUCCUGGAAGUGCGGAUGAGUGGUACCUAUGUUUUACUGGAGACUAACUUUGGCCUGUUCGUAAGAUUUGAUGGCAACCACCAUGUAGAUGUGUCUGUACCAUCAAUGUAUGCUGGACUGCUCUGUGGCAUGUGUGGUAACUACAACGGUGACCCUGCUGAUGAUCUUAUUAUGCCUAAUGGCAGCCUUGCAACAAGUUCUAAUGAACUCGGAGAGAGUUGGCAAGUACCUGAUGUAUUAAUGGAGUGCAAUCAUGGUGAGAAUGACUUUAAAUGUGAUCCAGAAAUAAAGGAGAAUGCUGAGAAAGAUACCAUGUGUGGAAUGAUUACAAAUCUGUCAGGUUUAUUCAAAGAGUGCCACGUUAAAGUUCCACCUCAGAAUUACUUUGAAAAUUGUGUCUAUGAUAUGUGUAUGAGCGGAGGACAGUCUACAACACUUUGUUUUGCCAUACAAACCUACGCUGAUUUGUGUGCUCAAGCAGGAGUUUGUAUAGAGUGGAGAAAUAAUUCCUUCUGCCCCCUAUCCUGCCCCAGUGGUAGUCACUAUGAGAGAUGUGGCACAAGUUGUCCUGCUACUUGUACAGAUCUGUCUGCACCAGACAACUGCCUUCUACCAACUGUUGAAGGAUGUUUCUGUGACCCUGGAUAUGUUCUGAGUGUGGAUCAAUGUGUUCCAAACAAUCAGUGUGGCUGUGUGGAUGACAGUGACAAAUACUAUCAGCUAAAUGAGUCUUGGUUCACACAUGAGAACUGCACUGAACGCUGUACAUGCUCGGGAAAAAAUACCAUCAGCUGUACAGCCUGGAAGUGUGGAGUGUUGGAAAAAUGUGAGAGACGUGAUGGAGAGCUGGGUUGUCACAUGACAGGAAGUGCAUCAUGUUUUGUUGGUGGUGAUCCUCACUAUUAUACCUUUGAUAAGAUCAUGUACACAUUCUCGGGCACUUGUGCAUACACUCUGGUAAAGGCUUUUGACAACAGCAAUGUGGUUCCUGUCAACAUCACCGCAGUGAAUGAAGCACAUGGUCAGAACCAAUCAACAUAUUUGAGAGAAAUCUACAUAGAUGUGUAUGGUGUUCAUCUCACACUGCAGAAAAACAGGAGGUUCUUGCUAAAUGGGAAAAGAACUCGCACACCAAUGCAAAAUCGUUUGAGAGGCAUAAAUGUUAUAACAAAUGGUAUCUACGCAAUUGUUGAGACAGAUUUUGGAAUGUCAGUGAAAUACGAUGGCAACCACAACCUUGAGAUCAAUUUGCCAAACUCAUAUUAUUCAAAGGUGCAUGGUAUGUGUGGUAAUUACAAUGGCCAAAAAGCUGAUGAGUUGCUAAUGCCUGAUGGUCUGAUUGCACCCAGUGUAACUCACUUUGGAAACAGUUGGAAGUCAGAGGAAUACAGUAAUGCAGGCUGUCAACCAGACUACAGCAGAGAACAAUUGGACUUUCUUUGCACGCCAGAAGAGAAACUGAUUAUUGAGUCCCAGUGCCAGGAGCUGCUGCAUGAUAAAUUCAUACCUUGUCAUCACUUUGUUAAUCCACAUAUUUUCAUCAAGAAUUGUAUUCAAGACAUGUGCAAAUAUAAUGGCAUGAUUUCAACGCUCUGUGAUAGUUUCCAAAAUUAUGUUGCUGCUUGUAAGGAAGAGGGAAUAGAAAUCAUGUGGAGAAACAGUACUUUCUGCCCUUGGUAUUGUCCACCAAACAGUGACUACACAACCUGUGCUCCUACUUGUCCUCCUACGUGCAAUAGUAUCUACACAGGAUCCAGCUGUGACAAGUCUUCUGUGUGUGUGGAAGGAUGUGUAUGUGACAAUGGUUUCGUAUUCAGUGACGACAGCUGUAUUUCAGUCAAUGAGUGUGGCUGCAAAGACAAAAACGAUCAAUACCAUCGAAUUGGAGAGACUUGGCUGACCCAAAAUUGUGCCCAAAAAUGUAGCUGUGGAAAAGAUGGUGAGAUAAACUGUGCAGACAAUGGCUGUGAAAGCAAUGAGAACUGCAGUCUGAAGAGAAAUGGGCAGUAUAUCUGCAAAUCUACUGAUGUGUAACUGAAUUUGGAAAUACAGUUCUGGAACCUGUCAGGACAAAGGAGUUGAUGAGAUCUGUUCAGCAAGAAAUCAUACUAUUCAUGAUUGAUAUGAUGGUGAAUGAUCUGUCUUCAUUAGUGAAAAGACCUGCUCAAACCUAUGUUGUAAUUUUCUAUGGUUGUUGAAUGUUUUUUCUAUUUAAAUGUUAUUACAGUAAUUGUUUACGACCUUACGGAAUGUCAAACUCAUCAGUGUUUAUAACUGAAAGCUUUGCCCAUUGUUCAAUUGUCUUCAUUAAAAAUACUAAUG